GAGUUCUAUUUACCAUUUCCAAAUUGAUUUUUAUUGCAAUGAGCUUAGCCGACAUUAAACAGAAGGAAAAGAAAGGCAAAAAGAAUGUGCUACCCAAGUUACGCACUAUCUUGGCCAAUCCAUACAAGCAGCACAUUCCUGUUUUACCCGAAAAUGAAAUGUUGGAGUUUGAAAAUAUAUUAAAAGCGGCAAUAACUGCAAGCGAGCAUACACAGAAAACAUUUGCGACAAACUCGCACAUACAGCUUGGACUGGACAGCUCACUGCGCGCCAUCAAUAGAAGUAGUUUCUCUUGUGUCUUCAUUUCACUUAGUAUGCGACCGUCACACCUCGUUCGCCUGAUUGCAACAAGUGCUGCGAUUAAAAUUCCAACUGCUCCGAUUUACGCACAGCCCAAAUUGGAGGAAUUAACACGGGAGCUGUUCGGUGUACGAGCGCUGACACUGGUGCUGCCGCUAGACCUCAAUAAAAUAAGCAGCGAAUUAGACAAAUGGAUAAGUGCUCGAAAAAAGGCACCAGUUCAAAAACAAAAAGUUUUGAAAGCUGUCAAGAAAAGAAAAGCGAUUGUGGAAGAGUUAAGGAAAGUGGAGAUUCAGCCACAGGUGGCACAGCCGGUGGCGUCUCAAAAGGAAUGGAGCGGUGAUUACAUAUCCUGUGCAAAUGAUGAAGCUGCUCUGAAGCUCGACCAGGUCGAUGUCCAGACAGAAAAACAACAAUUGGGCGCAGCUCUAAGCAAUUUAAUGUUAAAGGCGCAAAGCACAACUAAACCUGAAACUGAAAACACACAAAACUCACAAGCAAUAAGCGAAACAUUGCCAACUGUUGAGCACAUGCAAGUUGACAAAGAUGUGGACGAAUUUCUGAUUGCUGAGCUGUCAAUUUAUCAGCCACUGACUGUGCAUCAGAUUCGAGCUAACCCAGACAAGAAACCCAAAAAGAAACGCAACAAGAAAGAAAAGAAACAAACAGCGCCAAAUAAAACUAACUAA